AUGGCUAGCACCAGCUUGACGUCGACUUUCUUGACGCCCGAUCCAAGUUUCAACUGGUGGGUAGAUGCUCUGUUCUUCCUGCUCUACUUCAAUCGACUCUUCGCGACACUCCUCUCCUACGCGAUCCGAGCAUACACCUGGCACUACUACCGCGCAUAUGUCGACAUCAAUGCCCUCCAAGUCUCCUUACUUGGCGGGAGAAUCUUCUUCAAGGGCAUCCGUUACCAUGGCGUGAACGAGACAAUAUUCAUUCAUGGAGGAUUCAUAACAUGGCGGUAUUGGACGCGCACAGUCGAGCGAAACGACCUCACAGGAAUUCGGCGCAAAACUGGGUUGCCCGAUCAUGCAUCUGAGCAAGGACAUGCACGUCACCCGCAUGAGGGGGACGACAACCUCGGGGAGCAGGCCGGUGUUGGAAAGACUACGGAAUUACCUUGUCGCAUCACAAUCAAGACAUAUGGUCUUGAAUGGUUCAUCUAUAAUCGAACCCCGGCAUACGAAAGCAUCCUGGCUGGGUUUGGGUAUUCGCCUAAGAAUGUUGAUAUGGACGGCGACAACUCCAACAUUUCCGAGUCUCGCCCAAACACCGGAGACGAUGGUGCUGGGCAUGAGUUCAAUUUCCAGGGUCCACCAGGUCAUCGGCCUACUCUGGAAACAUUGUCGGAGCGAAGCAUGAGUGACAGAGGCAGAUCAUCUGCUUGUAGAGAAUCCGAACUGUCAGAUCCCGUCUCAAACAUGCUGCAGCUUUUACCAGUCAGGUUGGAUUGCAAGAAAGGAGCCAUCGUCAUGGGAAAUGAACACACUCGAUCUGUCUUGACAACCACAUUCGAUUCAGGAUCAGGCACCGUGGAUGCUUCAAACGCGGGUCCUUUCGAUUUGUAUCGCCAAACAUUCUCAUUUCACCUCAACAAUCCUGUCAUUCAGAUGAGACCUAAUCCUGAUUUCAAACAAAGCCAGCCUGCAACCGCUAAAGCUUUGAGUGCCGCACAGGAGAAAGAUAAAGGAUUGAAGAAGAAAAGACCAAAUGUCUUUAACUAUCAAUUCCAAAAGCGCAAGGUCUGGCACAGCAUCCGUGACCUAGUCCCUUAUUUUCAGACUUCUGUCGAGUCUUUCCAUGCAAACAGCAGGCACACCAAUAACAUGCCAAGAAGCCAGGCAGAGUUCCCUGAAGUGCGCUGGACCGGCCUUUCUCGGUAUCUGGACGAGGGUGGCGAAGAUGAGCAUGAGAAGUGGAACACAGUUGAAUAUGCUAGGUAUUCCACCAUUGUGGAUAGCCCAGGCAUAGACAUCGCAUACUUUUGGGAUAUUCCUGGGCGAGUUCUGGUCCAGCCCUCGUCAGAUCCCGGAUCUCAUCCGGCGGGGAUGAAUAUAAAUUGUGCCUCUCCGCCAGAAUGGGGCAUUGAUGUCAAAAUCGAGGGAGGAACGAUCAACUACGGGCCGUGGGCUGACCGCGAGCGAGUUGGCCUACAGAAUGUGUUCUUCCCCAAUUUCUAUCGCAGCGCCGAGCCUACUGAGCAGCUAGCACCUGGUGUCCUGCGGCAGAGCACUUCUUUUAGGUUGCGUGUUGAAAUCAACGAUGAACUCGUCUUGCGCAUACCGACAAGAGAGCCCUCCAAAGAUUGGCAAUGGAAGGGCCGAGCCGAUGCUGUUGGGGGUGCAUCAAGGACCAAAAAGCCAGUUGAGAAGAAGAACAAUCGAGCCAAAGAUGGAGAGAAAGGACACCUUGGUCCCGAAAUCCGUCCCUUUGGGUGGCUCUCGCUGUGCGUGGCUGCCGACUCUACCAUCAAUUACAACAUGGACAUGGUAGCAUCGAGUGCAGGAUUCCACAAUGAGCUUUCGCUUGAUUUGCGCGAGUCAAAGUUAUCCUCCAGUAUUAACCAUGGCUUGCUUUGGCAAUGCCCCCGGCAGCAAGUGACUUGUGACCUGUCCAACCCUCUUUCGUGGAAUAACCUCCGCUCCUGGAAAUUUACCGCUGAAAGCCAGAAAUUGCGACUGUUUCUUUUGCGUGAUCACAUCUUUCUUCUCACUGAUCUUGUGAGUGAUUGGGCAUCAGGGCCACCCUCUGAUUAUCACACAUUCGUGCCUUUCAUCUAUAACCUUGACCUCAAUUUCACCGACUUGGAACUCUACAUCAAUGUCAACGACAGAAACAUCAUCAGCAAUCCUUCCGAUUUGGAAGAUAACCGUUUCAUUGUUAUCAAAGGCCAGCGUUUGACGUCCAACGUCAUGAUCCCACUGAACAAGUAUCUUCCUGAGCAGAAUGCGAUCGAAUUUAGAGUAGGCUUGGAAGACGGCGGUGUGGACUAUGUAACUCCCCUAUGGGAUACACUGCAUGAGUUCCUGCCACAGACUUCAAUGGCCACUCUUCAGAGUCUGUUCAUCGAUGGAUCCUACAACUACUUCCAGUCAACCUCCCCUGAAUUGACAGACACCUUGGUUCUCAAUAUCGACGGUGUUUCGCCCAGACUCUUCCUCUUUGGUUUCUUGAUCAAGAGCUUCAUGACCAUCAGAGAAAAUUAUUUCGGAGAGGAGAUGCACUUCAAGACCCUGGAGGAAUACCAGGAGCUUGUCUACGCGGACGAACCGCCAACAAAUCCUACCGGGAUCAAUCCAAACCGAAAGUCAAAUGACAUGGAUGUCCUCGUUCGUGUCACAGUUGACAGUCCUCGCGCCCUGCUUCCCGUGAACAUCUACGAUACCUCAAAAUGCAUGGGUCUCAGUGCAGCAUCGCUCGAAGUAGACUUGCGGUUCACGAAUUACUAUAUGGACUUGCAGUUUUCUCUGACUCCGCUAAAACUAGAUUUGGAGUCAAUUGACCCUGAUGGACCAUCUGCAAUUUCCGGCACCCAGCUCUUCGUCGAUGGUAUCUCGGUUUACGGGCACCGUCUCUUCGGUCUGCCCCCUCUUGAGCCAACAUAUGUGUGUAAUUGGGAUUUCGAAGUUGGAAAGAUUAUCGGCGAAUGUUCUGCUGAAUUCUUGUCUUGCUUGAUCUCGUCUGUGAAGAGUUUCGACUUCUCCUUUGACAACGAGGAAAAUGCAUUACCUUCAUUGUUCCCGGAGAUUUUGCAUGAUGUGACUUUCUUGAGGGCCAAGAUUGACACCAUUCACAUCUCCGUGUUGCUGGAACAGGUUGCUGUAGUUCUGAGCACCCAGUCUCUGAAUGUGAACUUCAACGACUGGGCUAACGCCACAUUUUCCAAGCGCAUGAACCUGCUUGUGCCUGAUAUCUCGAUCGCUGCAGUUGAUCGGAAAGCUGUGAACCAAUCUGGCUCUGCGUCCGGGGAAGCAGUAUCCCCAAUUGGACUGUUUCAGCUCACUGUGGGGCUCAAGAUGGCUCUGCGCAAAUCUGACAUUGUGCAAAACCGAAGGCUACAGCAAGAACAUAUCAAAAUCCAUGAUCGGCGGACUCAUCGGGCCCAAUGGUUGCUCCUCGAUUGGGAGGAAACCGGCCCCGCCUCAACUAUCCAUCCAGAAGAUGAUGUCUUCCCUCCCACCAUGCCAAUACCGUCAAUGCCAGAGCCCAUACACCGCGAAGUCGGCUCAAGCUUUACAAAAUCAUACCGGAAGCAGUCGGGGUCUCGUCCAAAUGAAAGUACCAGGAGCUUCUUGGUUCAAUCCGAGGCCUCGAGCCUCAAGAGUGUCCGAGCAAACGCCAAAUCCAACUUCAGAGUCGCUUCCGAUUCACCAUCUCAAUCACGCCCCGAUCUUCCCAACCGAGGGUCAAGUUGGUCUGUGUCUCAAAGCAACCGAUCGAGAGAUGGGACCCACCCCGGGUCUCGGGUGGGAGGCUUCUCGUCCUCUGCGGUAAGAGAUGCAAACCCAUGGAUAAUGCCUCGAUUUUCGUACUACAAGCUGCGAUUUGACACCUCUGAGCUUCCGCUACCUCCCGCAGAUGACGAUGACGGGCUCUAUGAUGAUGCCUCGCCGAAUGGUCCUAAAUCUGUGUUUCUGACAUUCGACGAUGAUCAGAUGACAUACACAAAUUUGGCCAUUGAUCUACCCCUUGGCAUUCGAGGAUUUUGCACUCCAAAAUUCCUUUUGAGCCUCGCAUCUCUGUUAGAUGGAUUAGAACCCAAGCACCCAACACAAGUCAUUGAUUCACUUCAAAAGGAUGUGAUAUCAAGCAUUGUUGGCUAUGAUAAGGCUAUGAGUAAGCCAAAGAUCUCCACAGCCGUUGCUCUUCGUGUUCCAUCCAUUCAACUCAGACUGGUCGAUUUUUCUGAAGCUCCCAAUGAUCAACAUAUCGAGUUCCGGGAUGACUAUAGCAUCGAAAUUCGUCAUCUCCGAACCGAGUUUCGCAAGAAAGUCGAGCGCCAAAAGGAUGACCUGCUCCAAGGCCUCAAACAAGAUACCACAGUUCACGUGGCAGCAGAUCAUCUAUCAUUUGCAGUCGAAGGAAGUCAAACCGACAACUUCCAUGAGAAAGCUGUUUUCAAUUCACAUUUGGAGGACUUUGAUCUCUGGCUAGUCACUUCGCCAAGUGUUCGUGCUAGUCUUCAAGUACGAACAUUCAAUACGAUGACAUGUGCAAAGUCAGUGGAGCGUCUUGCGUUCCUUGUCCGUCGAGCAACGACUAUGUUGGAUUCCGUCGCGUCUUCUUUCCAACAAUUGUCAACCUCUAGUGAGAAACGUCUCAAGUACCUCAUGUACUCGCUCACGCAAUCGUCCGCCGAUGUUCCAGAUCCGAUAUUCCUUGCUCGCAUUUCUUUUGUUCUCAGAGUCGCCCAAACCCAUCUCAGGCAACACGACUCGUGGAAAAUCAUAUCUCGAAUUCGCGGCAUCUACAAAACAUUACCUGAUCAUCGGCAGCGUGAUUUGGAGCGGAAAUGCUUGAGUAGAAAACCGCCUCUACCAGCAAACUCCAAGAAGACGGUCAUUUCUGGGCUUGAUAGCUGGAGAGCCUGGGAUCUAGCCCACGUUGACAAAAGCUAUGUCAUGCGUCGUGUUUGGCCCCCUACUGAGCCCCAAAGGGACAACCCACAACCUUCCAUGUUUGCAUCAUCCACCAUCCAAACAUUCCGUUUCUCUUUGGAUCCCGGCCCCAGAGAGAGUGAUUUGAUUAUAGAGAAUCUGUCAAUCGCCGCGUCUUUAAACCCGAACUGGCUGGGUCGUGGAGAAGAAGAACACCGCAGAAAGCUCAUAACUCUGCAGUCUUAUUGCGGCUCUGCGGCGUUGAGACUGCGCUGGGAGAUCUUGGAUCUUGCAGAGGGAGUAGUCAAGGUCAUGUCGAAUAUCACACUCGAGUCCUCGCCAGGCCAUGCCCCGAGCGACACAGUCGAGGAGAAAAUUCCUACCGAGUUGCAAGUUAUGGUCGGGACUGACUUUGGCUCCAUUACUCUCGAUGGCAUCAAUGUCAAACUUGCUCUGGUAACGAAAGCUCUUCGAGGCUCCAUCGUCCAAAAGUCUCUCGGCUCGGUAGAGUCUACAGACGAAGACCUUUCUUUGCUAUUUAGUGCAGAGGGCUGUUCAUCGGAAAUACAGAGUCAAUCCACCACUCUCAUGCUGUCAAGGAUAGCUGAUCCUUAUUUGAACAUAUCUGUCACAUCUGAAAACGGUGUGAAGGAAUCCAAGCGCGAUUGGAAGCUUGCCAGCUCUUGCAGGAAACUUCGUUAUGAUAUGAAAGAGGACCCUCUCAGUCUGGCACAUACAGCGGACAGACUGAUCGCAGACGAAGUUCGGUAUAUCCAGCAGCUUGUGAAAAGUGUCAAACUUCCAAAGUCGCAGCCCAAGCAGGCUCAGCCUCCAACAAAGCCUCCAACAAAGCCCACUAGACAUACCUUCCAUGUUGCCAUGUUUUUGGAAGACUACAGACUGACUUUCAGUUUGUUGCCGUCAUUGAAGUAUCUUGUAUCGGGUGAGGUUGCUCGUAUGUCAGUGAUGCCGGCGCAAGGCUCCAAGCUUGAGAUUGACUUCGACAUCAAGAAGAAUUCGCACAUGUUUGUUUCGGGCGAGAACGAACGAUUCCAUGUGCUUUCAAUAUUGGAGAUACCCCCCGUGAACGGUCGAGUCCUCGCGAACUUCCUUGACGGUCGCAAGGAGGUAGACAUUGAUGUCACGAUCGAACUUAUUAGCCUGGAAGCCAGUUCUGUGCGCAGCCUAUUGGCUGUUCUUACAGGACCGGAUGUCUCUCACUUGGUUACAGACCUGAAGCAAACCGUGGAAAUACUCAAAGCUCAUUUGGAAGAUGUGCUGGCAUUGCAGAAGACAUCAACCAAGCCCAAAACUGCCGAUAACCAAGAAAUCCUUUACAAAUCUCGCUUCACAAUGGCUGGAUUCGAGAUCCACGCUGUUGCGCCUGGUCUCAAAAGCAAAGAUUACUCUGCAGAGAUGAUAUUCAGUCUUGGGAUGAUGCGAAUGCGACUUCAAAACGGCCUUGACAGAGGCUAUGCGAUGGAGCACCCCGAAUUCAACAUUGAUGCCCCUCAAAUCAGCUUUGAGCUCAGGAGACAAGAGAAGUUCCAGAGUCACUCAUACGGUGGUUUCACUGCCGGGGUAAAGUUGGAAGGAACCUCUGCGAUCCGGGAGAACGGGGAGGUGACCAGAGCAUACCAUUUCACUAGCGAAAGAUUUGACAUUGAACUCUUUGCAGAAACGGCAGCUCUGGUGGUCGACAUUGCUGUCUAUACGCAAGAGCGCAUCAAGACGCUGGACUUUUCUCAUGAGGUCAAGCGUCUCAAGAAGCUGAGGCGCCGUGGUCACAACAUUACGAAAGAUGUGGCCGCCGAUGCUCCCGAGAUCCAUGUCAAUGAUGAUGCACCCCCGGAAACAUUCCUUGACGCUCUUUAUUCUUUGCGGUUCCAAACCAUCCAAGUUGCUUGGAAUAUGGCUGAGAUUCAACCACAAUCUGACCGGCACCCCGAAGACCUGGUGUUUUCGAUCCAACAGGUUGAGUUGUCCAACAAGAAAAAGAACGCAGCCAAACUUCGGAUUGAGAAUAUGCAGCUCCAAAUGGUUCCCUAUGGCACCGACCGAGAGAAGCGGUCGCUUAAUUCAGCACUCAUGCCCGAGCUGGUGUUCAACGUGGCAUACGCAUCGAAAGGAAAGGAAGUUUGGCUCGCUUUCCAAGCAGCUGGCAAAUCCCUGGAUAUACGAGCUACUUCCGAGUUCAUCAUCCCAGCAAGCAUGAUUCGAGAUUCCAUCGCUACUGCAAGUGAAGCGCUUCGGGAUGGAAAGGCUGUCUGGGCUACUAGAGAAGAAUCGCCCGAUGAGACGAAUACGAACAAAGAUCGAAGUCUUUUCGGCAACAGACGAUUACGCUCUCUCUUGAUUGAUGUUGACUUUGCUGGUGCUACAGUGACACUUCAAGGGAAGCUCAGUCAUGAUCAUCAAACAUUACUGGCAGCCACAUGGCAAGGCCGCAAGGUCAACGAUCAAAGAUAUGGCCAGUAUCUGCAAGGAGAUGCAGCGACCACAGCAACUCUCCGAGCACCUGGUGUGGCUCUGAAGGUUCAAUUCGAGGACAACGGAACUGACGACCCUGCACUCAAUGCGGAGCUCAAGGUUGAUCCUUCAACAAACACAUUGCAUCCAACACUUGUACCUCUUGUCAAGCAGAUGACAGCUACGGUCAAAGAAAUCAUGGGCAAUCAGCAAAAUCAGCAAAGUCCGCAGAGCCAGCAACGCAGACCGUCUACGACGGCGAGAUUGCAGCCACAGAAGCUCAUGCAAGAGAAACCGUUUGGGGCCGAUGAUCCCACCAGCAUUCUCGGCCGGUGCAAAGUAAACUUGGGACUAUUGUUCUGCAAACAGGAGUUCAGUCUAAGUUGCCAGCCAAUUGCAAGAGUGGCAGCUACCGCAAGGUUUGAGAGUGUCUACGUGACCGUCAACACGGUUUUGUCCGAAGAACAGGGCCGUUUCCUUGCACUCUCGUUGGCCUUUAAUGGCUUGGAAGCAUCUGUAAAGCAUGUUUAUUCCAAUGAGUCAACGGCAAGCUUUGAAGUGAAAUCCAUGGUGCUAUCGUUGAUGAACAGCAAGCAUCUUGGUCGGAAAAAUGGAAUGUCUGCAAUUUUGCGGGUGAGCCCAAUGAAGGUUGCGGUCAAUGCCAAACAGGUUCAAGAUUCCUUGCUCUUCAAGGAAAUUUGGCUCCCGGCAGACAAUGCGCCCAGUUCGAGUGAAAGUGUUCCACCGGAGCCGUCCGAGACCCAAACCUACAUCGUACAGCGAUACCAGCAAGUUGCUUCUGCCUCAGCGUUCCCAUGGAACACAACCAUUGCAGUCGAAAAGCUGGAGAUUCAACUUGAUCUUGGCACAACUCUAGGCAGGGCGCAAUUCUCGAUUGUUGACUUGUGGGUUGCUACCAGCAAGACGUCCGUUAGUGAGCAGAACAUGUGCAUCAACCUCGGCUCUGUUGCAAUCGAAAGCAAAGGCCGUAUGAGUGGAAUUGUCGAACUCGGCAAGCUCAAGGUUCACACAUCCAUUGAAUGGCCCGAGGAUUCCCGCGAAACUGGCCAUACGCCAUUGAUUCAAGCUUCGGUCGCUUUCCAUCACCUCCAAGCCAAGGUCUCCUUCGACUAUCAACCAUUCCUGGUUGCUCGGAUCACCAUGUUCAACUUUUUGAUGUACAAUGUCCGAGGGAAGUCGGGUGACCAGAGCCAGCGGCUGUUCAGUAUUUUGGACGGAGACAAGGUGCAACUUUUCUGUACAUCUCUGACGGGAUCUCAAGGCCUGGCUCUGUUCCAAGCGUGGCAACGUCUGGUCCAAGAUGUACAAGCGGCCUACACAUCCUCACUGCACGAAGUGGAGCGUUAUCUGCGUCGCAAAUCAUCAGUCUUCCCGGAGCGGCCCCAAGUCGGUGCCAAGCACCUGUCAAAAGAACACACGGAUCAGCCCGAAAAGGCACCUAUUUCUUUACAUACCGGAGUGGUUGUCAACAUCCGUCACGUCAACUUAGGAGCGUUCCCCAGCUCAUUCUUCGACAACCAGAUCUUCAAGGUAGAAGCAUACGAUGCUCAAGCUCGAUUCGGCGUAUCACUCGAAAACCAAAAGAUUCACAGCGCACUGGGCUUGACUUUGGGACAGUUGCGCGUCGCUCUAUCCGGCAUCACUCGUCCAACUACAGCCCAACUGGACGAACUCUCAGUGGACGAAAUCGCCGAGCGAGCCGCUGCAUCCCGAGGCGGGACGAUUCUCAAGGUCCCCCGCCUGGUGGCAGCAAUGGAAACCUGGCAGGCCCCAGGAACCCAUCAGAUCGAUUACACCUUCCGUAGUACAUUCGAGGGUAAAGUGGAUGUUGGCUGGAAUUACUCGCGCAUCAGCUUUAUCCGCGACAUGUGGGAGACGCAUUCACGAGCGCUUGCCUCGCGGCUCGGAAAGCCCUUGCCGCCUUCUGCAGUGCGCAUCACUGGUGGACCAGGCAGCAGUCCCGAAGGCAGUGGCGACAGCUCUGAGAAGCAGGAAAAGAUCACUGCGGUUGUCAAUGUCCCACAGUCAAAGUAUACCUACACUGCGCUCGAGCCUCCUAUCAUCGAGACGCCACAGCUGCGGGAUAUGGGUGAGGCUACGCCGCCGUUGGAGUGGAUUGGUCUGCAACGAGAUAAGUUGCCCAAUGUGACGCACCAGAUCAUCAUCGUCACUCUGUUAGAGAUUGCGAAGGAAGUUGAGGAUGCGUAUGGCAAGAUUCUGGGGUCCUAA